AUGGAAAAACCCCCAGUCUUGGACCAGUAUGACGGAACAACUGACCUUGACGACCAUAUUCGGAGCAUCGAAGCCGUCAUGGAUUAUCACGUCGUCCGUGGAUCCAUCAAAUGCCGCAUCUUUCUGACCACUCUCAGGAAAGGGGUGAUGACAUGGUACAGGAAUCUUCCCCCCAACUCCAUCCACUCCUGGACCGAGCUCAAAGAACUCUUUUCGAGCCAUUUCACGGCGUCCCGUCGGCAACCGAAAUCAGAGGCGAACCUCGAAGCUGUGAUCCGAGGAACCAACGAACCUCUCCGAGAUUACCUCGACAGGUUCAACAAAGGGGCCGUCCAAGUACGGACGACCAAUUACAUGAAGAGGUACCUCCUAGAGCGAGGACUUCUCCCUGGAAGCGACUUCAAGAAGGCCAUCAAAAUCGAGAAGGUGCACACCAUGAACGCCCUCCUCCGCAAAGCUCAAGCCUUCAUCGCUUUCGAGGAAGGAGAAGCUGCUGCCAUAAAAGCCUCGAGAGGCAAUGAUGUUGCCCGUAGCUCGAACUACGAGAACUCAGGUUCUCGACGAGGGCACGAAAAAAGGAAAGAUGACAGGUCCCACGACGCCAAAGAGCGCCGAGGACCAGCUGGUCGCUUCAACGACUAUACCCCUCUGAAUGCUUCACGAGAGAAAAUCCUGGCCGAGUGCAAAAGUACCUGUAAUACGGUGAACUGA